UACUGCGUGCAGAUAAUACAAGCACAUGUAAUUUUCUUAAAACUGUCUGACCCUCUUCUUUAAAACAAUACGAAUACUUUUGUUUUACGUAUAUUUUGUUUUUUGUUUCUUUUACGUAUGUCCUGUAUAAAAUAUUUUUGCAUUAAGUACAAAAUAGUUCCAUGUGGUGAAUAUACCAAUAACUAUGGAACACAGUGUAUUUCGGGAUUACUGUAAGGCCGAAAAUAGCGAAGAUGAAGAAGUUAAUUGUGAUUUACAAUCGCGAUUAUAUGCCGAAGUCUAUUAUGCAUCAAAUAACUUGGAAAGUAUACAUACGAAAAAGAAUAUUAAAAUAGAAGCCCCUGUCAAAAAUGCAGAAUUAUAUAAAACUAAAAGUACUAGUAAAUCAUCUAACCCCAAUGAUAAUUCUACAAAGAACAAUAGUGGUAGAAAUCAAAGCAAAAUAUAUCAAACAAAAGAUUUAACAGAUAACUCAAUGUUAAUUGACAAGGAUGAUAAAUCCAAACUUAUAUCUUUGUGUGUUUCAAAUGAGAUUACGUUGAUACAAACAGAUGACAAAAGAAACUUAAACAUACCUUGCGUAGAAAAUUUACAACAUUCUCAAACAAGCAUAGAAUCUUCAAAAAGUAAUGAAUUGACAGCAUGUAACCAAUCAGAUAAUACCUAUAGCAAUCUGCAUCCACAUAAUGCCUAUAAUACAAGCAAAGAUAUUAUAAAACCAGAGACAGAAAUAGAAAAUAAAGAACACUUGAAAUCCAUGCAAAACUUAAAUUCUGAAUUAAAUACAUCUACAAAUCAAUCUGUUUGUGUAAAUUCUACAAAAAGUAAUGUUGACAAUAAUGUUGAAAAAAAUCAGGAACCUGUGCACACUAAACAAGACAUAAAUGACAAUCCUGAAAAUAUAUUAAAGAAAUACGAAUUCUCUAAGUUGUUUAUUAAUAAACUGUAUCUAGAAAAGUAUGAAAAUUUGACAAAACGAUUAGAACAAUUAGAAGAAGAACCAAUAGAACAACAGGAAAUAAAUGUUGAAGAAACCGAAGAAAAUCAACAACAAUUAGACACGCAUGUAAGCUCUGCUGAUCAAACGGAGAUAGACACUAGAUAUGACAUACUUUCAACAAAUGAAAAACUACAAAAAACAAGGACUAAUUCAGAUGAGGUGACAGUGCUAUGUUCGGACACAGAUAGUGAAUCUGAAGAAUCCAUAUUAGAAGUACCUAUUCCACCGAAACCACAACCACCUGUUAUACAGUUACCAGAUUCUGAUGAUGGUACAGAUAUGUCAGAUAGUAAUACAGAUGAGGAAUGUUUAUUUAUUAUUGAUAAUGUGGGUUCGAUAAAAAAAAAAGAAAAGAUAACUUAUAGAAGUGACAAAAGUUCAGAUACUAAUUUAGCAAGGACAACUACUAUUAAUGAUACGUCAAAAAGUGGUGUAACAGAAGACAUUAUGUUAAAUUGUACAGGGGUCCAAAAAAGUGUUUCAAGUAUAAAAGAAAUAAUAGAAAUGCGUAAGAAUGUUCAAAACGAAUUGGAACAAUGUUCUUCUAAAGAUAGAAAUAUUUUAAACGAAAAAGAGAAAUUCGUUAUAGUAAACGAAGUACGUUAUCAAAAUCCUAAUGCGAUCAACAAAUCAUUAUCGUCUGUUACUAAAAAGGAUAACGUAUCUGAAUCUCAAUUGUUAUUAGAAACUAGCAACAACAGCAAUGUUGUGUAUGAGAGAGACAAACAAAAAUCAGUCACUUUCGCGGAUGACGUUGUAGCGCCUUUUUGUAAUUCUAACGAAUUCAGUUCAAGUAGAAAAAGACGUUGCGAAAGCGAUGGUGAACAGUGUACGAACGCAAAACAAAUGAAAAGCACAGAAGGAAGUUCUAAUCAAAGUCAGAAUAAAAAUAAACAAAAAGAAGAAACGUGGGAAGAAUAUUUCUUUCGUCCCAUGUCUGACAAUCUUAAAACAUUUUAUAACAAACCACAGGGACAAGAAAACCUUGAUAUUUGGGAAAUUCAAAGUAAAAUGUCAAAAGAUCCAAGACUUUGGGCUAUUUUAGAUGAAGACCUGAUGCCUAACGUUUCAAAAAAACGAAGAUUUUGGAACAUCAAGUGUAAAAAGUGCCAAUGUGAAGGCCAUGCAGCGUAUAAUUGUCCACAGCCAUAUAAACCUCUUCGAUGUCAUAUGUGCGGUACACAAGGCCAUACAGAAACCCGAUGUCCGCAAAAGAUGUGCCUCACGUGUGGCAAAAAACAAGGAACAUUUAGAAAGACUUGUGAAUCUUGUCGUACGUUGUAUUGUAAUAUGUGCAAAGCUAUAGGUCACAAAUCUACCGAGUGUCCCGAUCUUUGGAGAAGGUUUCAUCAAACGACACGUAAUUCUGAAAUAAACGUACCGGAGAAUUUAUCUGAAAUUAUGAAACCCGCAGAUUUACUUUAUUGUUGUAAUUGCACGAAACGUGGACAUGAUUCUUCUACGUGUUAUGAAUAUCGAUGGUCGCAACAUUUUCCAACGCCAGCAUUUGUAUCGAAUUAUGGAAAUAGAACACAAUGUUCAGAUAUCGUGUUUGUAGAUACUAAUGAAGAUAUCAUACCAUUAAAUCGAAAGAAAUCAUGUGGUCGCCUUAAAAACGUAGUAUUCAACUCAGUGGUCACAAAUGAUGACUUCGAUGGUUGUUGUGUUUUAUAUUCGUUCGGUGCUUUUCAAUCAAAGAAACAAAAUGGUGAACAAAUUAUAAAGAAAGUUGCUCUCAAUAAUGUUACAGAGGUGGAAAAUUUUAUAAAAAAUCGUAUUUCUGUACCGGUUUUCGAGCAAUUGAUAAAAGCGGUUAAAUUUGAAUUCAAAAUAUUUUAUAAUCCGCAAAAAGUACUAAUGACACGAACUCGAUCGCUGAUGGGUGUUUCCCUGUACGUGAAUAAACUCUUUAAUUAUUGGCUAAAACUGAAAGACGACGAAAAGGAUAUAAAAAUAAAUACAAACCUUCCACGUAGUACAAAAAAAUUGGUGAAGUUGUUAGCAACAAAAUUACAACAGUUAGAUCAAAAUUUACAAGACCCUAAGAGUCUUUGUAGUCAGAUCGAUACGUUGAAAGCAACAAUGUUUGGUACGCAAGAUUCUUCCACACUGUCUAAAUUAUCGGAAAAACUGUUAGAGCUACAACAACAAUUAUUGUAUGUGUAUUAUACAAAACCAAAAACAAAGGUCGAAGUAAGUAAACUACGAAAAACUAUUCAAAAGUUAACGAAGAAAUCGAGCGAUUCGUCACCUCAAAAACUGCCAGAAGUGUCCAUACCACUGUAUGUGCAAAUUAUUGUUAUGUACAAUAAAGUAUUUAUACCUCGUUCAUUAACAGAUGAAGAACUAAACAAGCUUUUGCGUGACUAUUAUAAAGUAAAAAAAACGGGGAAAAAUAAAGGAAAAGAAAAUAAAGCAGAAAAGAGGUCGAGUCCUCAUGAAACUUUUGUACACACUUUACCAGGCUGUAGUAACUGGACAACUAAUAUAGAAGAUAAACAAACAAGUAAUACUAUACAUCAGCCAAAUGUUACUCAGAAAGAUAAAGAAACACCUACUGCUACAUCUACUGCUGUUACAUGUUUUUCGACGAGUAAUAGUAUACAACCCGAUCAUAACGUUGCCAGUUUUAAUAUAGAAAACGUUCGUACUGAAAGAUACAACCCGGACGGUAGUGUCGCUGAAUAUAAUCAUAUUUAUCCUAUAGAGGUCGUACAGUUACCGCGUAAUUAUAUGGUAUCAAGUAAUUAUAUAAUACCAAGUAAUGAACCAGUGGGAAAUCCUAUACAAAUCUUUCAGGAACCGAGUAUCUCGUUCGAACCGGUUCGAACCGAGCCGAAUUUCAUUCCUCUACCAAGUAAUUAUAUGAUACCAAGUAACGAACCAGUGGAAAAUCCUAUAACAAUCUUUAAGAAACCGAGUAUCUCGGUUCGAACCGAGUCGAAUUUAAUUUCUCUACCUCUUAAAAAAUCUACGUGUUCCAAGGAAAAAACAUCCAAGGAUAACGUAGAAAAACAUGUACAAAUAGUACAAAAUUCUAGCGAACCAAUAAACAAACCAAACACGCAACAAACGGUAGAUGCGGUUCAGUCCGCAACAAAUAUUACAAAGAAGAAGAAAAACAAAAAAGCAAAGAAAACAAAAUUGAGUUUGGAAUCUAAUUUGCAACUUGCAGAAAAUAAAGAAACAAGUGUUGAUGUAUUUAUAGAAAGUAAAGCUAAACAAACUAUUAUCGAAGCUCUUCAAUUCAAUUUACCAUAUAUGAAUAAAGCCGUGGAAGAAGUUGAGAAACGAAUAAACGACAAGACCAUUAAACAUGAGAAUAUCGAGAUGCUGCAAAGACUAAUAAAUCUAGAAAAAAGCCACCAGGAAUACGUGAGUUCAUUCUGUAAUUACUUACAAUAAACAUUUUUUUUUAA